AUGCUUGAUUUAAGCAAUCUAUACAAAAUCAAUAUUGAUUUAAAUGAAGAAACAGUUUGGGUUCAAACAGGGGCGACCCUCGGCCAACUUUACUAUGCAAUUGCAAAGAAAAGUAAAGUUCAUGCAUUUCCAAGUGGUGUCUGUUUCAGUAUUGGCACUGGUGGAAUCAUCAGUGGUGGUGGGAUUGGCGCAUUGAUGAGAAAAUUCGGCCUGGCAGCUGAUAACGUUGUAGAUGCACGAGGAGGUGGAGGGGCAAGUUUCGGUGUUAUUCUAGCAUGGAAACUAAAAUUGGUUCGUAUUCCAGAGAAGCUUACUGUUUUCACGAUUCGUAGGAAGUUAGAGGGUAACCUAAAUCUCCUCCAAAAAUGGGAAAACAUAGCACAUCAACUCCCUGAAGAUUUGUUAAUCAGAAUUAUUAUUCAAAAUGCUGUCUCCUCAGCAGGAAAUGAUACCAAAAAGCAUGUGGAAUUCUCAUUUCAGGCACAGUAUGUUGGACCUGUUGAUAAGUUAAUUCCCCUGCUUAAACAAAAACUAACUGAUGCACCUGAAAGUUUGCUAGAAAUGAGUAUUCCAACAAAGAAAAGUUACGACAAAGGGACGUCUGAUUUUGUGAAAACUCCAAUUCCGGAAAGUGGUUGGGAAAGAUAG